AUGGAUCAAAUUUAUAUAAAUAACUAUAUAAAGUUCAUUUGGAUAAUAAUAUCAUCAUCAACUAAUAAAAAUUCAAAUUUAUCAACUACUUCAUUAUUAAAAUUAUUUAAUCAAUUUAAUUCAAAAUAUGGUGAAUUUUUAAAUAAUUUAAUAAUAAAUUCUCAAGUUUCAAAAAUCAAUUUAGUCAUAUCUACUUACUACUUGUACAAAUAUUAUCAUUCAAACCACGUACUAAAUCAUGAUUUAUCUGAAGAUACCACUAAUCAACAACAACAAACUGGAGAAAUAAGUAAUAUACAUAUAUACAACGUCAUAAUGUCAUUAAUAUUAUCAAAUAAAUCAUUUGAUGAUCAAUCAUACACUUUAAAAACUUGGUUAAUUAUUAUUCAAAACACUUUAAAACAACAACAAUAUAAACAAUCAACAAUUGUAAUAGAUUUAAAAUUAAUUAAUAUAAUAGAAAGUUAUUUCUUGAGUUGUUUAAAUUAUAAUUUAUCAUAUAUCAAGAUGUACAAUGAUCUCAAAUUUUGGAAUUUAAUUGAAUUUAACAAAGUAUUCUUAUUCAAUUUUGAAACAAUUUACAAAUUCAAAAACCAAGUAAGUCUUAAAGAAAUAGAAGAAGAUGUGGUACCUGUUACCACCACCUUAUCAACAUCACCAAUAAUAAAAAUUGCAUCAACAUCACCUUUAAUUUCAACUUUUUCAUCACCUUUAAAUUAUCCAUUAACUCCAAGAACUCCAAUAGAUUUUGUAACUUCAAAUUCAUCAUCAUCAUCAUGUAGAAAGAGAAAAAAUGUACCAAUGUUACCAUCACAAUUAGAAUCAAAUUUUAAACGUCAUAAUUAUCAAAAUUCAUUGGUUUUCCAAAAUUCAACACCUGUCACUUUACCUUCAUCUAAUUCAUUUUAUCAAUCAGAACCAUUCAAAUAUUACAAUACCCAAACUUAUCAAGUUCCACAACAAUUACCUCAACAAACAUAUUAUUAUCCAUCACAAACAUACACCACUACACAAUAUACUUUACCACUUCAACAAUCAAUAAACCAAUAUCAAUCUACUUAUCAAUCAAGUUACCAAAAUCAACAACCACAAUACAAUCAAACAUUGAUUAAUCCAUUCAAUACUCAACAACAAUACAAUUCAUAUUGGUAA